AUGAUGACCAGGCCUCGCUCUCUGCCGUCAGACACCUGCGUCAUUGGACAGUUUCCAGCGGCGGGCAAAAUAACCAUCUGCCGACUGAACUGUUCGGAUGAGACCCUGAACCUCAGCUCAAGUGCCCCACUGCGGCACAGCAGCAAAGAAAAUGUCCAACCUUCCAGUAAAGUAGAGGCCUCACAGGCCCAGAGGCCCAAACCGCGGACAGUGCUCGGAGUCCUGUCAGAGAAUCAGCAGCAGCGCCGAUCUGACAGCAAGGGAGACCGGUUUUCCAGACCCAGUUCGGUCUCAGGCAGCUCCCAGCACACUUUGCUAGGCUGCACCUCCAGUUCCGGCUGUGAUGUAAACGUUGAAGAGGCUCGUGAAGUUGUUCUUUCAGCUUCUGGUCAAGAAGUAGUGACAAAGAGUUAUCACCUCGCCACUGAAACCGCCGGCCUGCAGAAUACAGAUGUGAGACUCCUGCUGGGGCUUAGUUCAAGUCCAUACCAGGAAUCGUCUAUGCAGUCUGAAAUAGAUGACUCCCUGAUGUCAGAUGAGGAUCUGUUUGUGACUGAGUACGCAGAGGACAUCCACCUUCACCUGAGGGAGAGCGAAAUGAGGUUAAGGGCAAAGCCCGGCCACUUGGAGAAUCAUCCAGAGGUCACCAGCGGCAUGCGCGUGGUCCUGGUGGACUGGAUGGUGGAAGUCGUCCAGGAGUACAACCUUCGCCUUGAGACUCUGCACCUCGCUGUCAACUACCUGGACCGCUUUCUCUCCGGCACAGCGCUCGUCCAGCGAGCGAAGCUGCAGCUGGUUGGCACAACGGCGUUACUGAUUGCUUCAAAAUACGAGGAGAUCUACCCCCCCAAGCUGAAUGACUUUGUGUACAUCACCGACAGCACCUACACUAAGGGGCAGCUGAUUCGGAUGGAGCAUUUUGUUUUGAAAGUGCUGGCCUUCAAGAUGGCAGCACCCACCAUGAACCAGUUCCUCCGUCUUUUCAUGUCCAUCCACCCGGUCAGUGCCAACACAGAGAACCUGGCCCUGUAUGUAGCUGAGUUAAGCCUGAUGGAAAUUGAAGCCUUCCUACACUAUACGUCAUCCAUAGUCGCAGCGGCAGCCUUCUGCCUCGCCUUGUACACUGUGAACGAAUCUCUCUGGCCUGAUUCCUUAUCUUUAUUUACUGCCUACACCAUGGCUGACAUUGGCCCUUGCCUAAAUGAGCUCCACAAGCUCUUCAUCAGGGCAGAGAGUCACCCACAACAGGCCAUCACGAAGAAGUACAAGAGUUCAAAGUAUUGUCACGUGUCGAGGAUCACUCCACCUGACACACUGCUUUUCCCAUGAGUCACUGCUCCACCCAUCGACCGGAGCUUCUGCCAGAACAACGACUGAGAACAAACCUGUCUGCAGAUAUCUCUCUUUCCCCUGGACACGAUUUUUCAUAUCGAUUGUUUCUCUCUUAUAGUUUA